CUUCAGACUCAGUGUCACCAGCUUCACCAGGAAAAAUGCCCUCAACUUCAAGCAUGGCCGGGCAGUAGUAGUGGGGACAUGGUAGACAAUCGCAUGAUGAUGGCGCUCGUGAACGUUGGGAGGGCGCUCAUUCAUUGAAAAGAAACGGUUAUGCAGAGGCCCAAGGUCCUCGGUCCUCCAAGAAGAGAUGCAGGGAAGCGUGGUGAUGAGCGGGACAUUGGGUGCCCCAACUUCAAUGUGGGAAGCAAAUUUCAAACAUUGAAAGCUAGCACAUGAACGCCUGCCACAUAGAACAUGUGAGAGACGACGCGCUGUCGGCUGAAAACAGGCUUAUAGCCGCAGAGCAAUAGCCACCCUCCAAUUGAAUGUGGUGCCAUUUUUAGGGAUUUUCUUGCAUUUUUGCUCACAACAUCAUGCACCGAUCAACCCUGAUUUAAGAUCUUCGAACCAUUUCAUGAACUGGGACUGCUAGGCAUUUGAAUUGGUGUUUCAAGCAGUGUUCAGUGUUCUGAUUUGUGGUUUGUCUGGAACCCCUCCGGAUACGCCCCAUUGUGUUGGACUCCAACCACAGCAUCUGGAAAGUCCAGCCGCGUCGUGACAAUCAUGGGCGCUGCAGAAUCAACCUCAGUGCUGGAAGAUCAUCAGCGCCUGAUAAACCGCUUCACGGGAAAAGAUGCCAUUCCACUGGAUGAUGCAUUUUGGAACGAGCUUCUCGCAUUCCCGUUUCCCCUCUCCAAGCUGAAUCCUCAGGAAGUGGAUGCCGCAACCCGCCAAGCAUGUGCUCAACUAGUCCACCACAAUGCGUGGACGGGUCACUUCCCCAAGCUGCUGAUCCACCUCAUCCGCGAGCUGGAGGGCGCGGGGUCCGCCAAGGAGCUGCCGGUGAAGGCGGUGAACACGGUGUACUUCACGCGCCUCUUUGUGAAGCACCUGGUGGAGCUGUACAGCAGCGAGGAGAUCGGCCGCCACCUGGUGAUGAGGGGGGAACAGGGCGCUCCCGCAGACUUGCUUCUUCCAACCGUCAGGGCACUCCUCGCUUUCGUCGCCAAUACGGAGGUCAGCGCUGCGCUGUACCUGCUCCAGCUGGAGUGCGUCAACCUGCUCCUCGUCAUGUUUGCCACCCAGCUCCACGCCGCCAGCCUGGCCGCCUCCCACCUCUUCCUAGAUGCCGCCAUGCAGCAGCACGACCUGGCGGGUCCGUUUGUGCGGCGCCUGUUGCUGCUGUACAUGGCGCAGCAACCCGCCCCCGCCCGCCUCCCCUUGUACACGCGCACCCCGGAGGACGGUACAGCCCCGAACGCGGGAGUCCUGCGCAGGGUGGGCUCCUCCGUGGCGAGCGUGUUCCUGUUGCCGUACACUGCGUACUCGUACCUGGUGAGCCCCCCCGGCACGCCACAGACCCCGCUUGCAAACAACAGCCUGCUGCUGCUACUGGUCCUGGUGCACUUCGGGCACACCAACGCGGCCAACGCGGCACCGGAGGACGAGCACACGGGCGAGGAGGGGGGCGGCGGGAGCGCAGGCGUCGACAACCCCUUCCGGAAAGCGCUCUGCACAGCGCGAGACGCAGACUUUGACGCGGUGGACGCGAGCAUGAGCCCGGCGGGUCAGUUCGGGGCGGUGGUGCGCGUGUCGUACGCACGGCUGUACGACUGCCUGGGCGCGUGCCUCAAGGCGGACACAAGCACGCUGCUGCUUUACAGCCUGCUGCACGCCAACCCCGCCUUCCUCGAGUACGUCCUCGUGCGCACCGACCUGGACACGCUGCUGCUGCCGCUGCUGGAGGUGCUCUACUGCGCGGCGGCGCGCACGCCCAAUCAGAUCUACAUGCUGCUCAUCAUUUUGCUCAUCCUGAGCCAGGACGCGUCCUUCAACGCCAACGUGCACAAGCUGCCGCUGACCGGCGUGCCCUGGUACCGCGAGCGCCUCCUGCAGCGCACCUCGCUCGGCAGCCUCAUGGUCGUCAUCCUCAUCCGCACCGUCAAGUACAACCUCUCCAAGCUCAGGGACGUGUAUUUGCACACCAACUGCCUGGCCACGCUGGCCAACAUGGCCCCCCACGCGCACCACCUCAACGCCUAUGCGGCGCAGCGCCUCGUCAGCCUUUUCGACAUGCUCGCCAAAAAGUACACGCGGCUGUCGGAUGCAGCGGCCCGCGCCGGCCCCUCCCCGGCGUCCCUCGCCUCUGGCGGCCCCUCGGCUGCUGCGCCGGAGGCUGGCGGCGGCGAGGGCGCGGAGGGCGUCCCAACGGAGCUGCACAUCUACACCGACUUCCUGCGCAUCGUGCUCGAGAUCAUGAACGCUAUCCUGACGUACGCCCUGCCGCGCAACCCCGAGGUUGUGUAUGCUCUCCUCCAUCGACAAGAACUCUUCCAACCCUUUCGAAACCACCCUCGCUUUUACGAGCUUUUAGAAAACAUUUUCACGGUGCUCGACUUCUUCAACGUGCGCAUGGACGACUCGCGCCUCAGCGUGGGCGAGGUCAGCGUGGAGCGCGUGCUGCAGGUCGUCGUCGCCAACGCGCGACAAUGGCGAGGGGAGGGCAUGAAGAUGUUCACGGAGCUGCGGUUUACGUACGAGGAGGAGCUGCACCCCGAGGAGUUCUUCAUUCCGUACGUGUGGACGCUGGUCGUAGCGCAGAGCGGCAUCCCCUGGGACCCCGGCUGCAUCACGCUCUUCCCGAACAGCCAGCACGCAGACCUACAGCUAGAGGACAUCCAAAACCAUGAUGCUUACGACGUGGGUUACGAUGCAGCUUCGGACUAUGCGGACACGCCACGUGAGUCAGUAUAGGUUGCAACUGUGCUCGUCGCAGGUCGAUCGAAAGCGUUUGGGAAGAACGGGGCUUAUACAGCACUUGAAGAUGAAGUAGGAUAGGAGGUUUGUCUCCUCUCCUUUCAAGUGCAAAUAAUGUUGGCUGGCUGUUGACAUCAACUGCAUGACCCCAGCACGGCCUUUCAGAGCUUAUCGACCUGAACUCGGAAGUAUGUACACUUACCUAGUGCAGGCCGCAGUGUAAGGAGGGUGCUCUAGAACGUGCCUGCUCAUACCAUCAUGCGGCGGCCCGUUCUGGUUCUUGAGAAUGACUCAGGAAUUACACUCAGUGUCACACGAAUUGGCUCUUGGGCCAUGUUGACCAGAAUUAUG